AUGCAUCCCUCCGGCACGGGGGACUACGCCCCCUACUACCCUCCUUACCCCUCCCCGGCCGCGCCGCCUCCCGCCGCCUACCCGCCGGUGUCCACCCCGGCUUCCGCGCCUCCUCCCGCCGCCUACCCGUCGGUGUCCGCCCCGGCUUCCGCGCCCCCGUACUCGUCUUACCCCGCGGACUUCGCCCCCGCGCCGUCGUACCCCGCGUACCCGCCCGCCGACCUCUCCCACUACGCGCCGCCGGCCACCGCGCCCGCACCGGCGCCGCAGCAGCCGUACUACCACUACGAGCCGGCGCCGCCGCUCCCGCACAACCCGGUGCCCUCGCCGUACCCGUCGCUGGAUCGGGCGGGGAGCUACGGCUACGGAUCCGGCCCUGGCUCCGGGUACGGCCAGGAGCUGUACCCGCCCAAGCCGGCGGGCGCGGGCGUGGGCGGGGGCGGGGGCGGUUGGUCCGACGACGGGGCGUACGCGUACGACGGUGGCGACGCGCCGGAGCCGUACGGGGCCAGGGGCACCGCACCGAGGUCGGGCUCGGGAUCCGCACUGUUUGAUGACUACGGGAGGUCCAUUGGCUCAGCUGCCGAUAGGGGUGGUGGCCGCGGGAGUAGUGCGGCCAACCCCAAGGUGGUGAGAGCCGUGCCCAAGGCAGAGACGUCAGAGGACGUCAGGGGUGGGGUGCAGAAGUUCAGGGUCAACCUGCUGCCGGAAGGGGCUGGGAGCCCCAUGGAUGUGCUCUGCCAGGUUGGUUUGGAUGGAAUUCGGAUGCUUGAUCCCAACACUGGUAGGACACUAAGAAUAUAUCCCCUUGAAACUGUAACUAGAUGGGAUGUAUUAGAUUCCUCUAUCUUUGCCUUUUGGUCCAAGAGUUCAGUGGAUGUUGAAGCAAAAAGAAUAAGGCUGAAAUCAAACAGCUAUACAUCCAACACCAUUCUUGACACUGUCACAGCUGCGACUGUGCAGUUCAAGGAGAUGGGUGGAAGCAGCAUUUCAAGAAGUAGAGCAAUUGCUGAUGUAGCCAAGCCUGCUGAGCAGCAAAACGAGAGGAGGAAAAAUUUCCUUGAUUGGAGGAAUUUAAUGAAGCCUAUGAAUGAGGAGAAAGAUCACUGGGUCCCAGAUGAAGCUGUCAGCAAGUGCACAGCAUGCGCAGCAGAUUUCAGUGCUUUCAACCGCAGGGAGAACACGCAUCUUGAGGCAAAUCCAACGGCCGAGAGUCGUCCUCUGGCCUCUGGGAGGCGAUUUCGAGCUCCACCGAGGAUUCCACGAGAAGUCUCCAUUCUCUCCCCCGCUGUUGGGGUUGGGGUGCUGGCCUGCUGCCUUUCCUCCUCCUCGACCUCGAAGCAUCCAUCCAUCCAGUCCACCUCCUCUCGCUCGCUCUCCAGUGCCACGGAGGGAAGCGUGGCCGAGGGGAAGAAGAGGAUGGAGGCGGCGUGGACCGGCGCGGUGAAUCGAGCCACCGACAUGGCCGACUCCGCCAAGCGCUUCCUCCUGUCCUUCCGCCGCCCGCCGACGCCGCCGCCGUGUCCGGUCCCCGACCCCAAUCCCGUACAGAUCUUGAAGCGUUUGCAGCGACAAGCGUUUUAUGACAUUAUGCAGUUGAGGGAGAGACAAGAGAAAGUUGAAAGAGUGAUCUCGUUGUUCAAAGCUACCAAAGUUGGUCCAUUCGCAGAAGAAAGCACUCUGGUCAAGGGUGUUAUCAAUGUUGCUGGCUCGCUCCCAAGAGAUAUCUCAGAAACAGAAUCUGGUAUCAGUUCACGGUUUGUGUUUGAGGCUCCUGUCAGGAAGGACUCCCUCUUUGUUGAGCUCAGCACCGAUCAUAGAUGCAUGGCUCAAGAAAAUGAUCUAAUUGAGACCCCUUUUGUGCUGUCAAAGUUGAUGUACCUGUCGAAUAUCAAUGACUCAUUUUCUGUUGCUGCUGUACCAAAAGGAGCAAGAUGUAAAGAUUUUUCAACAGACCAAAAUAUCCGAGAGGAACAUUGGCUGGCCAGUUUGCGUUCUUCGUUGAGGCCACCUUUGCUGAGUAAAAGUCAGAGAUAUGGUGGUGGCCUAAUACUGAGAUCGAAGGACUUUGCUGUUUCUCUUGCGGAGCUGAUUUCAGUUGCCGGGAGGCCAGUAAACGAUGGUGAAGCCAGCAGAGUUUAUACAGAGUUUGGGCAAAUCUCGUACCAGUUCCCAGAUGACAUAAAGUUGACCCUGUCUGCUGCUUUGCAUGGACCCAGUGUAAUUCCUCGGAAGAGGAAACCAACUGCUGGAGGUUGUGUUGAUCUUGAACUGGAAGUUGAUGAGGACACUAGAAUCGGGGCCUGGAUUGAGUUCAACAAGAAGCCAAACUCACGUUUACUGAGAUGGGCCGUCACACUAUCAGAUACACCGCAGGGUGACCUUGGAUGGGGCGUGAGCUUGCGUAGAGGCACUGAGGCCAAACCGCAACUGUUUCAGGUGGAGGGAUUUCUGAACCUGCAUCUGGGGAAGACUGCUGCCGUGCAGCCUGGCAUCGUGUUCAAUGUGGAUGGGAGGAGGUGCAGACCUGGUCUUGUAUUCCACUCGAGUUGGUCCUUGUGA